GUUUGGGCGAACUAGCUGGGCUCAGUUCUGGUUAAUUCGUGGUCUACCCAUUAUCUAUACUCGAGUUAUGGCAUUGGUGAAGACUCUGAUUCCAGGUUCCAUCUUCUUAGCUGAGUGCUGUCACGCUCAACUGCGCUCCUUCGCUGUCCCGUCUUCCCCGUACAGUAGAAGACAAUUCAAAGCUUCUGCAACAAAAAUGGCGUCCACUGAAGCCCAAGGCAGAGGCAAGACCAUCGAUUCACAUUUGCACGUAUGGGCAUCCCCUCAAGAGGCUGCUGAUAAAUAUCCUUACUUUCCUGGCCAAGAAUCUACUUUGCCUGGACAUUUGGAUUUCUUGUUCCAGUGUAUGGAAGAAGCAAGUGUUGAUGGUGCGCUCAUCGUCCAGCCAAUCAAUCACAAGUUUGAUCAUUCAUUGGUGACCAGUGUCCUAAAGAAGCACCCUACAAAAUUUGUCGGUUGUUGCCUUGCGAAUCCUGCAGAAAAUGGAACUGGGGUUAAGCAGCUUGAAGAUCUCAUUUUGAAGGAUGGUUAUCGAGCUGUUCGCUUUAAUCCUUAUUUAUGGCCUUCCGGUCAACAGAUGACAAAUGAAGUUGGGAAGGCAAUGUUUUCAAGGGCAGGAGAGCUUGGAGUGCCAGUGGGUUUCAUGUGCAUGAAGGGUCUCAAUCUUCAUAUUUCAGAGAUUACGGAACUAUGCACAGAAUUUCCUUCAACAGCCGUUUUGCUUGAUCAUAUGGCUUUCUGCAGACCACCAACAAAUGACGAGGAAAAGCUUGCCUUUUCUGAGCUCUUAAAGCUGUCUAGAUUCCAUCAGGUAUAUGUAAAAUUCAGUGCUUUGUUCAGGGUUUCAAGAAUGUCACCCCCAUAUGAGGAUUUAGUUCCACUUCUAGCUGAAGUUGUCUCAAACUUCGGAGCAAACCGUGUCAUGUGGGGAAGCGAUUUCCCAUUUGUUGUUCCGGAAAGCGGCUACAAAGGAGGGAAAGAAGCAGCGAGUCAUAUCGCCAGUCGGGCAUCUUUGUCAUCUUCUGAGGUAGAAUGGAUCAUGGGGAAGACAGUAAUGCAACUGUUUCAAGGUCAAUGGCUUCCUUAGGCAGGCAAGCAGCAGCCUUUGCUCAUCUCUAGUAACGAGUCUUUUCUUUGCUUGACUAGUUAACCGGUUCAUCUGACGUUCAAUUAAUCUAUUAUAUGUUUAAGUCACUGAAAUAAGUGAAUGCAAUCCAAUUCAGCUGUAACUAUAAAAAAGAUUAGCCUACGUUCAAGCAUAAA